AUGGCCACCGAAUUUCUCCUUUUCCCGUUUCUCCCGUGGGAGCUUCGCCGAAUGAUCUGGCUCGAAUGCCUCGAGGGCAGGGUGGUUGAGCUCGAAGUCCCACCCGUGAUGUUCCUGUCCGCGCACUCGGAGAACUGCCUCUCCUGGACAGCCCACCAGAACACAAGACCGCCCGUCCUGACCAGAGUAUGCAAGGAGUCCCGCGAAGCUGCCCUGAGCCAGUGUGCCUGGGCCCUGGAUGAGAGAGAUGUCAGCCACCUCUUCGUGGACUACAUCCCCAUCCCCACUCGCAACCCGUGGUUCAACCCAGCGAAGGAUAUCAUCUCCUUCAGCUCGCCGGGAUGUUUUUACCCGGACGAAGGCGCGAUCUACGGUCCAGACUCGUACUACAUGGAGUUUGCGAAGCAGGUCCAGGACAUCGUCAUCCCGGCCCGACUCAUCUAUCCUCUUCGCUACUUGCGACUUCCCAUGGAGCUGGGGGGGGCUGAAGCCAAGAAUUUCCCGGGUGGUAGCAGACCAGCUAAGGCCAUCGAGGUCCAUAUGCCCCCGGAGCAGUUCUUGGCUUCGACCCUCUCUGGCCGGACAGGCGACAGCCUCGUCCAAGUCGUCGACAUCUUCGACGCGGUGCAGAUCGAAAAGAUCUGGCAAGAAGGCAAGAAUGUCUACUCGCAAGAGCAAGACAUCUUGACCGUCUUCGGGCUCCUCCGCAACACGGAGAAGCUUCGCCGGGAGGUCGCAAAAUGGCAGGAGGAUGUGAAGAUGAGUUGGAUGUGCCAGAGGUACGGGGCCUCGCAUUCCUACGACCAUAGGGUCUAUGACGAAGAGCACGGCAUUCCACCCCGGAAAGCCGAGUGCUUCGUCAAUCCGCCUGGCAGUGAGUCCAGUGCGGAGCCCAUGACUCGGGCUCGUUUCGUCGAGUGCUAUGCCGCGACCCCGCCGCGCUUCGACGAAUUCGAGUUCGACAUGGAAGACCCUUGGGUGCGAUGGGCCUACGACGAAAUGCCAACCUUCCGCCCCGUCAUCAUGUUUCGGCUCUGCGUCCGAGGAUGUGCCUCGCUGUGCUCGACCAAUACCCGGAGAGAGAUGUACUCCGGGAGGUACCUGCACGAUUAUGCGGACACCCUCAUGGAGCAGUACCAGGUAAUUCGCCUGCAUGAGCGCGAGGAGGAGAAGGCCAUGGCCGCCGGGAGCCGAAAGAUCCUCAAGAGGCUGUGA